AUUGGCAGGGCGUGUGUAAUGGGUCUAUUUUUUAGUCGGCUCAAGAAUAUACUCAUUGCACACUGUGCACCUUGUCUCACCAAGGUCAUUGGCAGGGCCCUUUUGGAUUUGAAGACGCCUCAGAAGUCAGUGUGCCUGUCUCUGCCCACCUUGCACUCCACUCUGUUCCUUGUCUCUUAUCUGUUGUGACACUAACGGGCGACUACCCUUCCCUCACCAUCCUGCCUUACUGGACCUUACAGAAUACCCUCCACUCUGUUCCUUGUCUCUUUUCUGCUGUGACAGUAACGGGCGGCUACCACUUUCUCACCAUCCUCCUUUACUGGCCUAUCAGCCUACCUUCCCCUCUGUUGAUCAAUCACAGGGGACGAUGCUUGGGUAGAUAUUCACGGCAAACUACUCACCACUGUCUUCCCCGAGUGGAAAACUGGCCCCCCGAAUGCGUGUCCUUUUGACUUUUAAGGCGCCUCAAAGUCUGUGCGCCUCUCUUUGCCUGCCUUCCCGUCCACUCUGUUGUGACAGUCACACGCGGCUACCCCUCCCUCACCACUAUCUUCCCCGAGUGGGAAACUGGCCCCCCGAAUGCGUGUCCUUUUGACUUUUAAGGCGCCUCAAAGUCUGUGCGCCUCUCUUUGCCUGCCUUCCCGUCCACUCUGUUGUGACAGUCACACGCGGCUACCCCUCCCUCAUUACUAUCUUCCCCGAGUGGGAAACCGGCCCCCCCGAAUGCGUGGUCCUUCUUGGGAUGGUCUUUGGGGUCAUGAUGCUCCUUACCGUCACUUGCAUCGCCUACUGCUGUGCUGACCCUGGGGAUAACGACCCGGUCAAGACCCCGCUUGUGGUUUUGAGGCGCCCCAAAACGAUGACCUGGUCAAGACCCCGCUUCUCGAGGGGAGGUGGUGAAUGCUAUGGCGAAUGUGAGGGAAGGGAGCCGCCUCUGUUCAUUUUGCUUCUUUCUUUGUCCUUCCAGUAUUUUGUGAAGCCGCCCAAGGGCCUAUUUUUGAGUCGACUCAAAAGCCACCUCGUUAAAAGGGUCUGCACAUGAGCCCAGCGGCCGUGUAUGUGCCCCCAACCCCAACGGCCAAGUAGGGAGUAGGCUGUGGUGGUAUAAAUGAGGCGGCUCAUGUCUGGGGUGGAUGGGAGGGAUGCGGGAGACGCAGGAGCCAUGGGAGGGGAGUAGGCUGUGGUGGCGGCGAUGACCCAUGCGCAUCAAGACUUGAAGGGCUGCAGGCUGCUGCAAGGCCAAGGCAAGUCGGAGAAGAAGGGCUCGUGUAUGCCUGGGGGGGAACGCGAGGGAAGCAGGAGACGCAGGAGCCAUGGGAGGGGAUUAGGCUAUGGUGGUAUCGAUGAGACGCCUCGAGGCUUGAAGCGCUGCGACCUGCUCUACUGUGAAGGCUUUCGCCCAUGACGGCCGUCGACUGCCAGGGGUGUGGGGACAGAGGGACAGGGUCAGCAUGACCGGGUCGGAGGAAGGGUGGAGGAGGGUCAGAGGAGGGGCAGAGGAGGGUCAGAGGAGGGUCAGAGGAGGGGCAAAGGAGGGGCAGAAGAGGGUCAGAGGAGGGUCAGAGGAGGGGCAGAGGAGGGGCAGAGGAGGGUCAGAGGAGGGGCAGAGGAGGGGCAGAGGAGGGUCAGAGGAGGGGCAGAGGAGGGGCAGAGGAGGGUCAGAGGAGGGUCAGAGGAGGUUCAGAGGAGGGUGAGAGUAGGGUCAGAGGAGAAAUCCCCCAAAACAGGGAUGCCAGAGGCGGCAUAAGACGAAGCCGGACAGCGUGCUGCACGUUCAUGAUGGAUGUCGCAAGACGGGGGAAGGGGCUGAAUUUUAGGCGCCUCAAAACCAGAAGAAGCAGGAAAGCGUGCUGCACGUUCACGACGGAUUAUCGAAUGACGGGCGAGGAGGCGGGGGAAGGGGGCAGAGAGGGGGGGAGAUGGGAAGGUUACUGCCAAAUGCGUGCCUCCAACUGGGCCGAGCCGCAACACACCAUGUUGCGGCAGCUCACCUUGGUACUGGCAGCUCACCUUGGUACCGGUAGCUCACCUUGGUACCGGCAGCUCACCUUGGUACCGGCAGCUCACCUUGGUACCGGCAGCUCACCUUGGUACCGGCAGCUCCCCUUGGUACCGGCAGCUCACCUUGGUGCCGGCAGCUCACCUUGGUGCCGGCAGCUCACCUUGGUACCGGCUGCUCACCUUGGAACCGACAGCUCACCUUGGUACCGGCUGCUCACCUUGGAACCGACAGCUCACCUUGGUACCGGCAGCUCACCUUGGAACCGGCAGCUCACCUUGGUACCGGCAGCUCACCUUGGUACCGGCAGCUCACCUUGGUACCGGCUGCUCACCUUGGUACCGGAAGCACCGUCCUUGUUCCUGCAGCAGCUGUCGGCAUUCUAGUGUUGAGGCACCUCAAAACAGAACAGCUCACCGUGUUGGUGGCACCAGCUCACCUUGGGACCAGCAGUGCCAACCUACCUUGCUCCUUCUGCAGCCGUCGGCAUUCUACUCUUGAGGCGCCUCAAAACAGAAACAGCACACGGUGUUGGUGGCACCAGCUCACCUUGUACCAGCAGUGCCAACCUACGUUGCUCCUGCUGCAGCCGUCGGCAUUCUUCCCCCAUGAGCUGCUACUGUCAAACAUGCACUACCUGCAACGUGGCUAAGCCGCAACACCACCAACCUUGAUCCUGCAGCAGCCGUCAGCGUUCCUCUAGGGUCAGCUGCUGCGGAUGCAGAUCCUCGUCGCUCAGAUCCUCGUCGCAAAACACCUGAUCCACGCUGCCUGCUACUCUUGCUUUGAUUCGUACUGGUAAUUUGCUUGCUUAUCCUAGCUGGGCUCGCAUGGAGGAGACCUGUGGAAAUGUGUAGUUCACAGAUCUCUAUGGUUUGUUUCAAUUAUUCAUAUUUCUCUACU